AAACUGUUAUAACAUCAAUCAUUCAAUACUGUAACACAUAUCACUUUCACUUUCAAUCAAUAUACACACAAAUUUAUAUAUAUAUAUAUAUAUCAUUAUAUUAUAAUGAUGAUCAAUAGAAUCAAUUUUUUACUCUUAUUUAUAUCACAACAAGCAAUCGCUUUUAAUCUUUCACACUUCAUUUUCCCUAAAGUUAGCCACGAAUUUCGUCCGCCACCCUCUCAAUUCCUCACGGAUGUAAUAGGAUCAAUAUCUGAAAGUGAAAAAUGGAAGUUGGAAGAUAUUAGGGUUUCGAAACUUGAAAUAGAGAAAGUUAGGUAUGGAAAUAUGCAGAGAUAUGAGAUUGAGUUUUUAUUAGCGAAUAAGAAGGAUUACGUGUUUCAUUUACGAGACGAAGUUUCGAUGUGGAAGAGAUUUAGAGGUGAUAAUAAAGGAAGUGAUUUUGAGGUUUUGGCUAAUCGAGUUAGCUCACGAGCGGUCGUUGGUUCGGUUCGGAUGGAAGGGCCUUUGGAGUUGAUAGUUAGUGGUGAUGGUGAAAUGUCGUUGGCAUUGCCGUGGAACACAUCACAUGCUGGUCUGAAACGGAUACUUGUUGGUGAAGACAUUACUGUAGAAGUCAAGAACGCACAUGAAGUCUCUCUUUUUCAAACAACUGAUCUUGGGCGACCAGAAGAACGGAACCUUAUUGCUCUUAGAGAGCAGUGUCGUCAAUGGUUCUUUCCAUAUUUGACAUGCAUGGCAUUACUUCCAGUCAGGAUUUCUGGCUCUGCAUCUGUAGUUGCCUUUAGGACUCGAAAUCCUGGUCAACACAUUACAAUAAAUCUUCUAUCCAAGGAUAUAAUAGAUUUAAGUCCUGAUAUAUGUUACUCUGAACAUACCAAUAAAAAGCAACGGUUUCCUGUUGUAUCCUUGAGGAUGAGGAUAAGACUGCUGGAAAAAAUAUUGAAAAGCUUUUUAGGUGUCAGAAUUAAUAGCAAUGCUGCCAGGGCAAAACUUAAAGCAAAGAUUAAAGCGUCAACGACUUUUCGUUUUCAUUUGGAACUAGAAAGGAAUAUAAGAAUGAAUGAUACUCGGUGGAAAACUAUGGCAGAAUGGCGUACAAGGCCUAAUGUUGAACAUGUAUGGUUUGAGGUUUGCGCCAUGGUUGAAUGAGCAGUUUGAGGUACAAUUACGGGUUGUUUUCUGUAAGAUGGAAUUACAGCUGCUUAAAUUGGUGGCACUUUACAGCUGUAAAAAGAUUUAUAAUCUGUAUACAAUCUCAAGAGAAGUUCUUCUGUUCUUCCAAGAUAUUAUAAUACGAAGAAUUGGGCUUUCUUUAGGUACAUAAUCUCGAAACAUAGAUCUUCCCAUCAGUAGAAAUAGAGCUGCUACAAGAACAGCUAUGGAGCACACACCCAACCCCCAAUCCCAACCUGGGUUGGAGCAGAUCCAUACUACAAAAGUGACUCCAAAUAUAGCCCCAGUUGUGAUGCUGAACAGGAGCCAGUUGAAGAAGCUUGCAAGUGAUUCUGCCUCUUUUGGGUUCCGCUCAUCAAACUGGUCUGCUCCUAAUGAAGGCAGAGCGGCUUUAACUCCACCAGUGCCAAAUGCAACUAAAUACAGACCCGUGAACAAUAUGGCCUCUUGAUUACUUGUUGCUUGCUGGCACUGAUUUACUUGGGUAGGGUUACAGGGAGUUGGUCUUAACUGUUCAAAGUGUGCUUGAACUGCCAGGAGUGCAUAGCCCUGAAAUGGUACAUCUAAUAAUAAUUUUUAUCUACUCAAGGAAUUUAGAGUUGUCGAGGUAUGCUGUUUUUAACGUACCACGACUUCAAAUGAGGCGAAUAGGAUACCAGCCUUGAAUCUUGACAAGUAGGUGUCAGAUAUAAAACCUCCAAAUAGCGAUAGCAGAAAUGCAGUGCCAAGGUAGUUUGUGAGUGUUGUAGCUGACUUUGUCAAACUGAAGUUCAUAUAGCCAUAAAAGUAAGUUACCAGGCUUACAGCCGUUGAAAUGAAUGCCAUGUUCUCGAGCCCUGUUGUAGCUGCAUAAAUUAACAGACACAUGGAAACAGUCAACAAAAGCAUCUAACAUUAAAAGAAAAAUGUUCAAACUUCAUCAGAUGCUGACUUAUGUACUAGUUUAGUAUACCAUAUACAAAGAGAGCAGCUCUCGUCCCACCCAGCCUUUUCUGGUGUUGAGGCCGCAUUGCGACAUCCCCUGCAAUUCCCUGAUAUUUUCCGCUACAAUGAGUUAGCAUAUACUUGGUUGUAAAUAAACGUAUAUACAGUAUGUAAGCAAAUGUACGUAUAGUAUAUUAGCAUUACCAUUUGUAUGAAGUGUGUUAUUGUGUCGCAGGGAUAUUCAAGUUUGGUGCGAGUAUGUGUUACUGACAUAGUGGAAGGUUGUUUAUAUAGCGAGAGACGUUUUUGUCUUAUGCA